AGAAACCAUCUCUUCUUACAGUUGGGACUUGAAAGCCCGCCUUAACGGAAGAGCGGACGAAUCACCAACGCCAACAACGUCACCCACGCCCGAACCGCUCGUCCUCUUCCAAGAUGGCCGCGCAGCGCGCGGCGCCACUCUUUGCGUCAUAACCGCCACUCCGGCGGCCUUGCCCUUUUCCAGAAUGGCCGCGCCGCGAGCGUCGCCAGCCUCCUCCCGACUGAGAGGCACGAAGGAAGUUCGACGGGGCGGGGGAGAGUCAAGUCACCUCCUUUUCCUCGUCCUACGACGAGCCCGAGCGCGUCGGAAGGAAGUUGCGGUGGGGCGGGGAAGCUGUGAAUUCCAUUACAAGAUUGGUUAUAUGUUACCAAAGCAACCCAUCUCCACAAAUAAAGCAAUGGGUGGAAUCAUUUCCAGAUGGCGGCAGGCAAAACCUUCCACUGUAGAAGUGUUGGAAAAACUUGAUAAGGAUAUCCAGUCACUGGAAGAGUUCAGAGAAAAAAAUCAGAGGCAGCAAAAGCUAUGGGUUGGAAGAUUUCUCCUCUAUUCAUCUGUCCUCUAUCUUCUUAUUUGCUUAGUUAUUUAUUUGUGGUACCUUCCUGAUGAAUGGACUGCUCGAUUUAUUAUGACUCUUCCACUUUUUGCGUUUCCUCUGAUUGUUUGGUCUAUAAGAACACUCCUCAUCUUCUUUUUUUCAAAAAGAACAGAAAGAAAUAAUGAAGCCCUAGAAGAUUUAAAAUCCCAGAAGAAAAAAAUACUUGAAGAAGUGAUGGAAAAAGAAACAUAUAAGGCUGCUAAAUUAAUCCUUGAACGAUUUGAUCCAGAAGCCAAGAAGGCAAAGGAUGUUGAGCCGCCAUCUGCUGGAGCAUCUGCAGUUCCAAGACCUGGCCAAGAACUUCGCCAUCGGACCCCAGUGCGAGAAAAUGUGCCUCCACCUGUCCCAGUUACAUCAAAACAGGGAUCUCCAAAAGCUAUGGGUCUAGUGCCGCCACCAUCUUCUGGCUUGCCAAGAGACAUUUCAGCACCCGGGGGACCUCCGGAGAGAACUCUGUCAUCAGCCUCACCGCCAAAUAUGUUACCGCGACAUCCUGGGUCCCGUACUUCCUCAAUGCCUGGAAUGGGCCUUCAUCCUCCGGGACCCCCGUUGGCCAGACCUAUUCUUCCUCGAGAAAGGGGAGCAUUAGAUAGAAUUGUUGAAUAUUUAGUUGGGGAUGGUCCACAGAACAGAUACGCCCUGAUAUGCCAGCAGUGUUUCUCACAUAAUGGGAUGGCUUUGAAGGAAGAGUUUGAAUAUAUUGCCUUUCGGUGCGCCUACUGUUUUUUCCUGAAUCCUGCAAGAAAAACCAGACCACAAGCUCCACGGCUUCCGGAUUUCAACAUUGAAAAUAAGCCAGCUUCUGUAAUGGAGAGCAGGACUGAAGCUCUGCAGUCAGAGGAGGAAAACAUACAACAGCCUGAAACAGAAGAAGGACCUUCAGAAGAAGCUCCCCCAUUGACAGAGACAGACCAGGAAAAUAGCAAGGCUUUAACAGUCCAACAAGGUGAUGACGUGGUUGAGUCUGCGGAGGAAGAGCAACCAGCAAAGGAAACAGAAACAACGGAAACAACGCCUGCAACCUCCCUCCCUCCUCCAGGUGACCAAAGAGAAGAAACGUCUGAGGGAGAAUAAGUGCCUCAUUGUUUUAGCUAUGUGUAUUUUUUUUUUUUAGAUGUUACUUUUUCAAGGACUGAUUCUGAGCUUAGACUGCCACUCCAAUGAAUGUUAAAAACUGUGCAGAUUGUAUUGCAAUAUGUUUGCGAGGCGAGUGGGUGAAUUAAAGCAUUUCGGUCUGGGCUAGUUAGUUGACGUCUAACUCAAACAUUGAUUUGUCUUUUUUUUUUCCUUUUUGCGUACUUACAAAGAAAUGUAAACAUGCUUAAAUGGGUAUUUUCCAUAAAGUGAUCUGACCUAUAGUAUUAUUUGGUCUUUGAGCAAAGAGUGCUGUAAAUGACUAAAAAGAUGUGUAAGUUUUGCUUUAUUUAAAUUAAGGAUUUUCUUUCCUGAAAAUAUUUAUCUAUUAAGCUGAACUAAAUCAAUUUAAAUAUCCAGAUGUUUACAGGAGAAAGGGUGCUUGGAUAAUUACUGUACCAGAAGCAGUACAUUUGUGUCAUUGAAACUUAAAAACUUUGCCACUCUUCAUAUUUUUCCUUGAAAGAAUGCAGUUAAAGAGGGCCGGCUAGAAUACGAUGCCCCCUGUUGGGAGGCUCUGGGCACAGCAGAUGAGCUGAAGAUAGCAUGUGAAAUAGAAAGCCUAGUUUGUGUUUACAUGAAGUGUAGGAAUUUCAGCACUUGAUUGUACUUGAAUACUGAGCAUUAUUUAUACUUGUACAAUAAUGAUAAGUGAAUUUUGUGUAUUUUGUUAAGAGCAAAUAAAGACUAUAUAGCAUUAA